AUGAUGACACUUAAUUUGUUCGCUACUCAUGCGAAAAACGUUGCCGAAUCACUGGGAGAUGAACUGAUGAGAAUUGGGGCGAAAAUCUGUAAAGAUGAAUCAUGCUCAUCUAAAACGACGUUUUCUAUGGAUAUUGACGAGAGUCUGGAAGGGCUUCUUCGACUGCGUAGCUUACGAUAUGCCGACGAUGUCUAUCUCAAAAUUUACCAUAAUAGAAUGCACCCGAGUAAGGAACAUCCAGACUGCCCUGUA